AUGACCUCCGCGGCAUACCACCCGUGGGAGCUCAGUCCUCGUCGCUCUCCCCAGCGUCCAAGUUCACGAGCAAGACGAUCGAAUACCUCCAUUGUUUCCCCGUCUGGAUUAUGCGCGGGUAGUCUCAAAAUGACGAGGCUGCACGGAGCUUCGCUCGAGAACCCAAAUCCUGCAGACCCUCGUGGGUGCGAGCAACUUCAGUACUGCCGAUCGAAAGUCCCGCCAAACGCCCCGGACAUCAUUGCCCAAAACACAAUCGAAGUCACAGAUCCAUCGCGCGUCCUUCCAUGGUAUCGCGACGAGCGCCGAAGAGACUUUAACUGGCUGGUUCGAAGUUACAAGCACCAGCUUCUUUGGGGAUGUGGAAGUCCAACAUGCCAGACUCCAACUUGCGCCAGUCGACGCCGAAGGACUGCGGACGGACCUUAUCGCCGUUACACCGAACUCAGCGCGAGAACUCUAGCCUGCUAUCUAGCUAGUCAGGACAAUCCCGAAAGUGGGCUAUGUCGCAACAACUCUCACUUUUUAACAGAGUCGAGAUCAAAUGGGCAGUUGCGUCAAUUCCAGCAGCGGUCACGAACAACAAAAUCUACGGAGAAUGAUCGGCGUAGCUGUCAAGGUCUUCGAUUUCGCGACGAGGGGGAUGGCUUAGACGCGAGGUCUACUCGCAACGUUGAUGAGACUGCCGAGAGAAAGACUACACAUACAGACCCAAGUGCUUUUGUUUUUGAUAACCACGAGUCGGAAGCUGAACAACUUCACAAAGAUCCAAAAUCAUUCACUCAGAAUCUUUUCGACACGUUGUCUUUGCGGAUGGUCGAAUGGCUGCCUUUACGAAAUGAUACAGAAAGCAUACCACCGAAAGAACAGCCGCCUUGCCGACGCAAGAGCCAGGACUCGCGUGUUUCGGACAACCCGCGUGGCAAACCGUCUGAGCAACCGCAUCGGGCCUCCCGUAGCCCCAGCUCUCUGACAACCAAAGGUUCCACACCACGAACCCCGUCUUCUCGUUCAUCUGUGACAAACCCCACGGCCGUAGAGUUGACCUUUCAAAAUCAGCAUGUCAGGCGACUGUCGAUCCCUGACUCGGACCACCGAAGACAAACGUCCCGAAAUGGAUUGGAUGAAAAGAAAAGACUCGAGUAUAAAGGUCCGGUAUUAUCAUUGAACGCGCAGAUCGCAUCGGAAGAUUACCCGACCAUAACUUCACCUCCACCUUUGAAGCACCGCCCACAAAAACACCGAGGCAGGACGAGCGAACCAGAGGAAGCAGUCCCUAAAGACCGGAUCAAAGGCCAGAGACGCGUCUCGUGGGACAGUGAGAAACUGUUUGCAGAAACAGCUUGCAAUGAAAACUCGAAAAGCAGACAUCCGCCCCCAUGUCCGUCAAAUAGUGACAUUAGUACGCCGACUCAUCGCAGACCCAAGCACAGUUCUUUGCGACGCACGCGGACCGUGCCUCCGCUCGCCCAGACGCUCUCUCAUCUUACACCGGAGAUUAUCGAUGGUCUCAAAAGACUGAUGAUUUCCUCGGAAGAAGAUGCCGAGGCCUGGCAGGAAGAGCUCGAUCGUAUGCAAUUCACGGGGAACUUUGAAACCCCAGAUUGGAGAUGUGCGACACCUUCUCAACGACAAGCAUUUCCGUUCCUUGCUCAGAGCACAUUCUUCAUCCUCGGCAAUUCCACACAGACGCUUCAGUCUUUCGGACGAGACGGCGUCCACCCUGACCAGACAUCCAAUAAGAUGAGUAAAAGCUUAGAUGUUGCGAGACUGCGAGCAGCUCUGCAGCAUCUUUUCUCGCUUUGUCCGUGGGACAUUGCCCUACACAGCCUUUGGAAUUUGACAGAGAAGCUGUUUGUUCCACCAGAUGACGUGACGUACUCUGCUCGGCCCUCACGACGUUCUUCUCGCAGCUCCACCAUGAGUUCUGCUCCUCCAAUUGUCAGAAGGCUUUCAGAAACAGCCAAUAAUGAUCACCUGUCUGAUGCUGAUGCCGCCUACAUCGCGACGAUCACCUUUUUCGUCUUGAUCAGUACAGUCCCUAGUUUGGAUAAUAAGACAUGGCGGGGCCUGUUGCGGAUGAGGGCCUCAGGCAAGGUUGCGUCUGCCGCGGACCUCGAGAAGUUGGGGCCUGAGCUCGCUCGAAAAGCUAUGGAUGCCACAGACCAGCUAGAACACGAUCUGGGUCUUCGUCUUAUCCAUAGACUUGUUCGUGCUCUUGUCGCUCGGCUAGCCUACAGCGAGAUAACCAAGGCUCGCCAGAUAUACAGUCUGGACGCUCCAAAGCAAAGACGAGCCAACGUGCUUGACCGCAUCAUUGAUCACCUUAGUGAACAGCAAGCCCAUCACUUGUCCACUGGGGGCCAGCCCGAAAGCCCGAGCCCGAUUGCUCUGAUUGUCGAGUGGCUUCGCACACUCCUUCUUCGUGAGUGGGACGGCAAUCCGGAGCUAUCUCGAAGCAGUGCUGCGGGCGGCGCUGUCCAGAUCCUUGCCUUGAUGUACCAAGCGCGCAAUCGGCUAGGAUUGCUGUCGGAGGACUUUCACACUCCAAUUCUUGCCGAGAGGCUGGAUCCCCUGGAGUUACCGGUCUCUUGGUUAGACGAUCAAUCCAACAAUCGCUCCAUGCAUCUUCUUUCUCACUCUUUCCUCUUUCCUCCUUCCACCGUUGUCACCUAUUUCAGAGCCCUCAACUACUCGGUGAUGUGCAAGUAUGUUGAGUCGGCAACGGCAACCGGGCGGCAUCUGACACAGACGGCUCUCCACAGCAUCUCCAUCUCCAAUGAAGCGUCGCUGUUGGAUCGCAUGAAGGUUUCGACAUGCACUUAUCUCGUGUUGGUCAUCCGCCGUGACAAUGUACUCACGGAUGCUUUGAACCAGCUGUGGCGGCGAGAGAAGCGAGAAUUGAUGCGUCCUUUGAAAGUGCAGAUGGGCAUGGAUGAAGGCGAGGAAGGUCUCGAUCACGGUGGCGUCCAACAGGAAUUUUUCCGUGUGCUCAUGGGUGAGGCCCUUGAUCCGGCCUACGGCAUGUUCACUGUCGACAGCCGCUCUCGAUCGUCCUGGUUUCGACCUCGUUCGUGGGAGCCGUUGUACAAGUUUGAACUCUUGGGGCUGCUGAUGUCCAUUGCUGUGUACAAUGCGAUCACACUCCCCCUAAACUUUCCCUUGGCCUUUUACCGGAAGUUAUUGGGGCUCAAAGUUAAGAGUGUCGACCAUAUCCGUGACGGCUGGCCUGAGCUCAGUCAUGGUCUUGAAAUGUUGCUCAACUGGGAAGACGGCGAUGUAGCGGAUGUGUUCGUCCGCACUUACGAAUUCAGUUUCGAAAAUGCUGGUCAAUUGGAGACCAUCGACAUGCAGAAAGUGGGCCGUGAUGGAUCCUGGCCCAUCUCACAUUCGCAGCAUGAUAAUGUGUCUACACGCAGCACCUCUUCAAGCGAUGAGCCCCAAGUUGCGAAACCUGACUACGAUGAUCAUCCAUCGACCGAUGACUUCAAGUGUGCCAACUUUAAUCCCACCCUCCUUACUAGUCCUGCAAAGUCGGUUCAUUCCUCGCAAUCUCAGCCUUCACCUUCGCCAACUAUUCCCGAUGCGGAGGCUCCUCUCGUAACGAACCAGAAUCGUGCUCAAUUUGUGAAAGACUACAUCUUCUGGCUUACCGACAAAACUAUACGGCCGCAGUUUGAGGCAUUUGCAAGGGGCUUCUUCACGUGCCUAGACCGCUCUACUUUAUCAAUCUUUACUCCCGAGGCUCUCAAGGCCGUGGUUGAAGGGAUCCAAGAGAUCGAUCUCACCGAACUCGAGCACCACGCUCGCUAUGAAGGCGGGUUCGGGCCAAAUCACCGCGUCAUUCGUGACUUCUGGAGCGUUGUCCACGGAUAUUCCGCUGUGAAGAAAGCGCAGCUCUUGGAGUUUGUCACGGCCAGCGACCGAGUUCCGGUCAACGGUAUUUCAACCAUCAUGUUUGUGAUUCAGAAAAACGGCGUUGGAGACCUGCGUCUUCCGACGAGUCUGACAUGCUUUGGUCGUUUACUGCUUCCCGAGUAUAGCUCCAAGGAAGCGUUAUCUCAAAAGCUGGAUAAGGCACUGGAGAACACUCGAGGGUUUGGAGUUGCAUAA